UCUCUGAGUCCUUUCUUGACCAAUUUCCUCGGGACAGGUUCAGUUCUCCAGCUCUUCUCUUAUCAUAUCGACUUCCUUCAUCUCAACGACCCUAGUCGAAGCGCCCAGCUUCUUACUUCCAACCAACUUCCAACCAACUUCCAACUUCCAACGACCAACCAUGCAUAGUAUCUUCAGCAGAAUCAAUAAUGUUUCUGCUCUGUUUUCAUCCUGCAUGAUGGGCUUACUGGUCGCAAUCUCACUGUCGUCGUUUCUAUUGACCGCAGAACCCAAAGGACACCUUGCGAUAUCUUCUGUCAAAGUUUAUCCCUCAAAGGCUCCCAGAUAUCCCAGAAGAAAACAAGAGAUGGCUUUUGUCAAUUUUAACGUCACUGCUGACCUCACCCCUCUUUUCAACUGGAACACGAAGCAACUCUUUGUCUCCCUAGAAGCGGAGUACGAAAAUACUCAAGGCGUCAAGAACGAAAUCGUCAUCUGGGACCGCAUUGUGCGAUCAAAGGAUGACGCCUUUAUCAGGAUUGUGGGGAAGAACAAGUAUGCGUUCCGUGAGAUAUCGUCUACUUUCAAGAAAAUCCCGUCAGCACAUUACGCGCUGAAAUACAAUGUGAUGCCUUACGUCGGCCUUCUUACCUAUGGUGAAGCAGCUCGUACCGAAGAACCUGUAGAAUUUCACAUCGAAACUCGAGUGUAAUCAUAACGAAUGUACCAGUGGUAGAGACGCAAUUUGGGUUAAAUCUAGCAG